UGCGGCAGGGGUGAGGCCUGGGGCCGGCGGGGUGACGGGGACCCGGCCCUGCGUGGGGAAGCCUCGGGGGGACAAGCAGAGACGCAGCCUGCUGGGAGCGGCCCAAGCUCUGCACCGGCCCGCGGCGGGAGCGCAGCAGCCCCCUCCCGCCCCUCCUGCCGGGGGCUCCGAGGGGUGGUCAUGGGGCGGGGGUCCUUGCGGGGCGCGGGCAGUGAAGGGCGUGGAGGCCCCAGAGUCUGUGCCAGGUCUGAGCCGCGGGGCGUAGGGGGAGGAGGGGCCUCGGCCGGGGCCCAGGAGACCCAGGACAGGUGGGCCUGGGGCCAGAUCCCUACGGAGAGGUGGCCGGGCCGGGCUCUGGCUUGCUGGGGUAGGGGCUCCGCUAGGGGCUGGAGUCCAUCCCUUCGCCAGCGCAGAGCCCCUCGGCCCUCGGCCCGCAUCUGCCAAGUGGCUGAGGAUCGAGCGACAGCGUAGUGGGGUGGAGGGGCUGGAGGCACGGCCGGAAAGGGUGAGCGGCGCCGUGGCUCCUCUAUUUAUUUGGCCCCGCCACGCGCGGAGAGGGAGGAAAUUCUCAGGCUGCGGCUGCAGCUAGGGGAGGCCCAGGUGGGCCUGGAAUGGGCCCAGAGAGGGCUUCCUGGGUCAGACGUGUAGACCCAGUGGACGUGAAAACCGGGUUUCGAGCUCGCCGGGCCGUGCCGCGCCAUGCCCGCCGGCUGAGCGCCGCAGGGCCUCGUCCCGCCAGGCGUGGGGGUCGCGCGCGCCCAGGCCGGGGCCCCGCGGCCGACCAUGGUGCUGCCGCCCCCGGACCGGCGCCACGUGUGCCUGACCACGCUGGUGAUCAUGGGCAGCAUGGCCGUCAUGGACGCGUACCUGGUGGAGCAGAACCAGGGCCCGCGCAAGAUCGGCGUGUGCAUCAUCGUGCUGGUGGGCGACGUGUGCUUCCUGCUGGUGCUGCGCUACGUGGCCGUGUGGGUGGGCGCCGAGGUGCGCACGGCCAAGCGCGGCUACGCCAUGAUCCUGUGGUUCCUCUACAUCUUCGUGCUGGAGAUCAAGCUCUACUUCAUCUUCCAGAACUACAAGGCGGCGCGGCGCGGCGCGGCGGACCCUGUGGCGCGCAAGGCGCUGACGCUGCUGCUGUCGGUGUGUGUGCCCGGCCUGUUCCUGCUGCUUGUGGCGCUGGACCGCAUGGAGUACGUGCGCACCUUCCGCAAGCGCGAGGACCUGCGCGGCCGCCUGUUUUGGGUGGCGCUGGACCUGCUGGACCUGCUGGACAUGCAGGCCAGCCUGUGGGAGCCGCCGCGCUCCGGGCUGCCGCUGUGGGCUGAGGGCCUCACCUUCUUCUACUGCUACAUGCUGCUGCUGGUGCUGCCGUGCGUGGCGCUCAGCGAGGUCAGCAUGCAGGGCGAGCACAUAGCGCCGCAGAAGAUGAUGCUCUACCCGGUGCUCAGCCUCGCCACCGUCAAUGUGGUAGCCGUGCUGGCGCGCGCCGCCAACAUGGCGCUGUUCCGAGACAGCCGCGUCUCGGCCAUCUUCGUCGGCAAAAACGUGGUGGCGCUCGCCACCAAGGCCUGCACCUUCCUGGAGUACCGCCGCCAGGUGCGCGACUUCCCGCCGCCUGCGCUAGCGCUGGAGCUGCAGCCGCCACCCCCGCAGCGCAACUCGGUGCCGCCGCCGCCGCCGCUGCACGGCCCGCCUGGGCGCCCCCACGGGUCCUCGCCCACGUGUGACCCCCUGGACACGUGACAGGGCCCGCGCGGCCCCCGACACGCCCCUGGGGCGCAGAGACACCGGACUGGCUCGGGGCGCGCGGUUUGCAUGGGAUGGGGUGGGGGCGGGCUCCCCUAGGGGCAGGUGCCUCGAGUGCCCGUGCCUGGGGUCCCGCAGCCGCUUCUUCAUCUCAGGAAUCUCUCUGACCGCGGAUCCUCAGGCCCCGCUCCACCAGCCCGCCCCAGCGCUUGGGUCCAUUUGAGAGGCCUGGGCCGGAGCAGAGCAGAGGUGGUCCGGCCCCUGCCUGCUGGGCCGCUCCGGUUGGAAGGGAGGGCAGUGUGGGCGGAGAUCUGCUCCUUCGGUGGGGGCCUCUGGCUCAGAUUUGGGGCCAAGGAGGCCUCUGUCAUUUUAAAGACUCGUGUUUACAGUUUUGUAUCCAAGGACGCACUGCUUUGCCUG